AUGAAGUAUCCUUCUGGACUCUUUUCUGUGCUUCUCUGUUCAGGACUUCUGGUGUCUUUGUCAACUGCUGUAUUUACGUGCUCCAGUGGUCAAGUCAACGAAACCUUACUAUGUCCAGAUGUUGUUGAUCAGGUAAACCUUACAGCAGGAACCUGCAAUAAUACCUUUCAGCAAUAUGCCUGCUCCAAUACGUCUGAAUUAGCCGAUCUCCCAGAAGAUUUUCUGGUCAACCUGAUCUCCUGUAAUGAUGCUAAAAAUGGGGAUCCAGACUAUUUCACCUUGCUUUUCUCUAAGCUGAACAGCAACAACUUCACCGCCGUGCUCUCCCAACUCAGCAGCAAUUUUUCUAGUAUCGGAUCGGUCUGGAGUGAACUCUUAUUGGAUGGGAUUUGGUUCCGUAUCAUUGAGAACAUGAAAAGCUCUACAGUUCGGUCAGAGUGGAUCCCCAGUGGUGCCCAGCCCUUCUUGAUCGAUGUUACCCCUGACAUGGUCCAGUGUCUGCAAAACACAAAUGCGAGCUGUGCCGCAUUCCAGGAACUGGUGAAGAAUCUGGACAGUGUGUUCCCCAAUAUGACAUCUGCAAAUCAGUCAGACCUUUACCCGGCUUUGACAUCCUUCUUAAGGAGCCGCCAGAAUCUGUCAGACUCGACCUGUUCUCAGAAUGUCAGCAGCAGCGAGUGGAUACAACAGAACUUCGGAAGAUUCGCACAGUUUGCGGAUUUCAAGGAUUUGGUUGCACUGAAUGCAAAAUUUAACGCUCUGGAUGCCCUGUCUCUCCUCACUCUACCACAAAUCGCAACCUUUAGUGUGGACUUAGGACCUGCCAAUGGCUCUGCUGCAGUUACGAGCAUUAUGGGAAAAAUACAGAAAGCCAGCGAUGCGUACGAUUUCCUGACUUAUAUAAACGCGGCUGCCGAAUCGAAGAACAUAAGUGCACUGUACCCAACUCUGGCACAGGCUCUGCUCAAUAAGACAUUCGAAGCCAUCAAGUCCAACGUCCCCGCAUUUACAGAAGCUAACUGGACCAAGCUCUUCCAGAAUGAAUUAACUCUUCUCCUAUCGCAAAUUACACCUCAAGUUCUCAGCAUCGUACCCCAAAAUAUCAGCUGUGAAUUAUACCAAGUCAUAAUGAAAAGUCUAGACCCGUCAUUCAGUCAAAUGGUCUCUGGGAACCAACAAAACAUUUAUAAUUCCUUUAUCAAGCCUUUCCUGACAAAAUCAGGUCCAACAUGUUCUCAGAACUCCAACAGCAGCAACUUUCUUACACAGAACAUUGGGAAGUUCUCUCAGUUUGCCGACUACAGGGACUUUGUGGCAUUUGAUAGGAAUUUCAGUGCUUUGGAUGUGCUGCCUGUCCUCACUAUACGACAAAGGGUGGACUAUAGCUUGACGUUGAACGCCUCUAGUGACCCCGCCGCUGAAGCCAGCAUUGUUGCAACUCUACAGAACACCAAUGACCUAUAUGAAUUCUUGACUUAUAUCAACACUGGCAUUGUCUCUAAUAAUGUGAGUUCAGUCAACGUGGCUUUGUCCCAAAAUCUGUUAAAUAAGACCUUUGAGACGAUAAAAGCCAACAUCUCCAUGUUCACCAAAUCAGACUGGACCCAGCUCUUCCAAGAUAAGCUCAGCGCCCUGCUACCUCAGAUCUCUUUCCAACAGCUCAACUUUAUUCCCCUCAACAUCACCUGCGACUCCUACCAGGUCAUACUCCAGAGUUUGGAUUUGAAUUUCCCAAACAUGAGUUCCGAAAUACAACAAAGUAUUUUUAAAUCCCUGAUCAAACCUUAUAUGACCCAAAAAGACUCGACCUGUUCUCAGAAUGUCAGCAGCAGCGAGUGGAUACAACAGAACUUUGGGAGAUUCACACAGUUUGCGGAUUUCAGGGAUUUGGUUGCACUGAAUGCAAAAUUUAACGCUCUGGAUGCCCUGUCUCUCCUCACUCUACCACAAAUCGCAACCUUUAGUGUGGACUUAGGACCUGCCAAUGGCUCUGCUGCAGUUACAAGCAUUAUGGGAAAAAUACAGAAAGCCAGCGAUGCGUACGAUUUCCUGACUUAUAUAAACAUGGCUGCCGUAUCGAAGAACAUAAGUGCACUGUACCCAACUCUGGCACAGGCUCUGCUCAAUAAGACAUUCGAAGCCAUCAAGUCCAACGUCCCCGCAUUUACAGAAGCUAACUGGACCAAGCUCUUCCAGAAUGAAUUAACUCUUCUCCUAUCGCAAAUUACACCUCAAGUUCUCAGCAUCGUACCCCAAAAUAUCAGCUGUGAAUUAUACCAAGUCAUAAUGAAAAGUCUAGACCCGUCAUUCACUCAAAUGGUCUCUGGGAACCAGCAAAACAUUUAUAAUUCCUUUAUCAAGCCUUUCCUGACAAAAUCAGGUCCAACAUGUGAUCAGAACUCCAACAGCAGCAACUUUCUUACACAGAACUUUGGGAAGUUCUCUCAGUUUGCCGACUACAGGGACUUUGUGGCAUUUGAUAGGAAUUUCAGUGCUUUGGAUGUGCUGCCUGUCCUCACUAUACGACAAAGGGUGGACUAUAGCUUGACGUUGAACGCCUCUAGUGACCCCGCCGCUGCAGCCAGCAUUGUUGGAACUCUACAGAACACCAAUGACCUAUAUGAAUUCUUGACUUAUCUCAACACUGGCAUUGUCUCUAAUAAUGUGAGUUCAGUCAACCUGGCUUUGUCCCAAAAUCUGUUAAAUAAGACCUUUGAGACGAUAAAAGCCAAUAUCUCCAUGUUCACCAAAUCAGACUGGACCCAGCUCUUCCAAGAUAAACUCAGCGCCCUGCUCCCUCAGAUCUCUUCCCAACAGCUCAACCUUAUUCCCCUCAACAUCACCUGCGACUCCUACCAGGUCAUACUCAAAAGUUUGGAUUUGAAUUUCCCAAACAUGAGUUCCGAAAUACAACAAAGUAUUUUUAAAUCCCUGAUCAAACCUUAUAUGACCCAAAAAGACUCGACCUGUUCUCAGAAUGUCAGCAGCAGCACGUGGAUACAACAGAACUUUGGGAGAUUCACGCAGUUUGCGGAUUUCAGGGAUUUGGUUGCACUGAAUGCAAAAUUUAACGCUCUGGAUGCCCUGUCUCUCCUCACUCUACCACAAAUCGCAACCUUUAGUGUGGACUUAGGAUCUGCCAAUGGCUCAGCUGCAGUUACAAGCAUUAUGGGAAAAAUACAGAAAGCCAGCGAUGCGUACGAUUUCCUGACUUAUAUAAACGCAGCUGCCGUAUCGAAGAACAUAAGUGCACUGUACCCAACUCUGGCACAGGCUCUGCUCAAUAAGACAUUCGAAGCCAUCAAGUCCAACAUCCCCGCAUUUACAGAAGCUAACUGGACCAAGCUCUUCCAGAAUGAAUUAACUCUUCUCCUAUCGCAAAUUACACCUCAAGUUCUCAGCAUCGUACCCCAAAAUAUCAGCUGUGAAUUAUACCAAGUCAUAAUGAAAAGUCUAGACCUGCCAUUCACUCAAAUGGUCUCUGGGAACCAGCAAAACAUUUAUAAUUCCUUUAUCAAGGCUUUUCUGACAAAAUCAGGUCCGACCUGUGCUCAGAACUCCAACAGCAGUAACUUUCUUGCACAGAACAUUGGGAAGUUCUCUCAGUUUGCCGACUACAGGGACUUCGUGGCAUUUGAUAGGAAUUUCAGUGCUUUGGAUGUGUUGCCCGUCCUCACUAUACGACAAAGGGUGGACUAUAGCUUAACGUUGAACGCCUCUAGUGUCCCCGCCGUUGCAGUCAGUAUUGUUGGAACUCUACAGAACACCAAUGACCUAUAUGAAUUCUUGACUUAUCUCAACACUGGCAUUGUCUCUAAUAAUGUGAGUUCAGUCAACGUGGCUUUGUCCCAAAAUCUGUUAAAUAAGACCUUUGAGGCAAUAAAAGCCAACAUCUCCAUCUUCACCAAGUCAGACUGGACCCAGCUCUUCCAAGAUAAACUCAGCGCCCUGCUACCUCAGAUCUCUUCCCAACAGAUCAGCCUUAUUCCCCUCAACAUCACCUGCGACUCCUACCAGGUCAUACUCAAGAGUUUGGAUUUGAAUUUCCCAAACAUAAGUUCCGAAAUACAACAAACAAUUUAUAAAUCCCUGAUCAAACCUUAUAUGACCCAAAAAGUAGGUUCGGCCUGUUCUCAGAAUGUCAACAGCAACGUGUGGAUACAACAGAACUUCGGGAGAUUUGUUCAGUUUGCAGAUUUCAGUGACUUUGCUGCACUGAAUGCAAAUUUUAAACCACUGGAUGUCCUGUCACUCCUUACUCUACCACAAAUUGCAAACUACAUUGUGAUCUUAGGGGCCAACAACACUGCCACAAUCACAAGCGUCUUAGGAACAAUUCAGAAUGCCAACAACAUGCUAACCAUCCUGGAUGAUAUAAAUGUCAUAUCGAAGAACAUGAGUGCCCUACAACCACCUCUGGCACAAGCUCUGCUCAAUAAGACAUUCCAAGCCAUCAAGCCCACCGUCUCAACAUUUACAGUGAAUCAAUGGACCCAACUCUUCCAGAAUCAACUAACUCUUGUCCUACCACAAAUCACUCCUGAGGUUCUUAGCAUCGUACCCCAAAGUAUCAACUGUAGCUCCUAUCAAGCCAUAAUCAAAGGUCUGGACUCAUCAUUUAAUGAUAUGGCUACCGGGAACCAGCAAAGUAUUUAUAAUUCCUUCAUCAAGCCUUUCCUAAAAAAGUCAGGUCCAACCUGCUCUCAGAACUCUAGCAGCAGUAACUUUCUUACACAGAACAUUGGGAAGUUCUCUCAGUUUGCCGACUACAGUGACUUGAUGGCUUUUAAUGGGAAUUUCAGUGCUCUGGAUGUGCUGCCCAUCCUCACUUUACGACAAAGGGUGAGCUUUAGCUUGGAGCUGAACGCCUCUAGUGACCCCGCCGCUGCAGCCAGCAUUGUUGGAACUCUACAGAACACCAAUGAUCUAUAUGACUUCUUGGAUUAUCUUAACAUUGGCGUUGCCUCAAAAAACAUAAGCUCGGUGAAUGCGGCUUUGUCCCAGGCUCUGCUGAAUAAGACAUUUGAUGCCAUAAAAGCCAACAUCUCCAUGUUCAACAAGUCAGACUGGACCCAGCUCUUCCAAGAUAAGCUCAGCGCCCUGCUCCCUCAGAUCUCUUCUCAACAGUUCAGCCUUAUUCCCCUAAACAUCACCUGCGACUCCUACCAGGUCAUACUCAAUAGUUUGAACUCUAAUUUCCCCAAAAUGAAUUCUGGAACACAACAGGAAACUUAUACAUCUCUGAUCAAACCUUACCUGACCCAAAAAGGUCCGUCCUGUGCUCAGAAUGUAGGAAGCGGUGCACUGAUCCAGCAGAAUUUUGGAAAAUUCUCUCAGUUUGCCAACUACAAUGACUUUGUGGCCCUUAAUGGAAAUUUCAGCGGGGGCGAUGUUCUGUCUUCACUCACCAUACAACAAGUUAUCGACUACAGCGUGGACCGUACCAUUAAUCAAGCAGUGGCCGCCGGCAUCAUUGAAAUGAUAAAAAAUGCAACCGAUAUUAUAAAUUUCUUGACUUCCCAGAAAACAUCUGCUUUAUCGAAUAAUGUCAAUUCUUUGAGUCCAUACCUGUCCCAGGGUCUCCUGACCAAAUCCUUCCAAAUGCUGAAGCCAAACUUCAACUCCUUCAGCAGCUCUGACUGGACUCAGCUCUUCCAGGAUAAACUAAGCUUGGUUCUACCAGAAAUCAGUAGAGAUCAACUGAGUCUCAUCCCCAGCAACAUCUCCUGCCUCUCCUACCAAACCAUAUUCAAUGCUCUGCAAUCCAGCAUCUCACAAAUGGCUAACUACAACCAGGAAAACGUCUACAAUUAUUUCAUCAAACCGUAUCUAAAACAGAAAGGUUCUACAAUAACUUGUUACAACCAAAGUGACCCUAGCUCCUCUGCAUGGCUUGUGAAUAAUGUGGGCCCCUUUAUGACUUACACUAGUCAAGAAGACUUGCUCUUUUUUGCAAAUGUUUCAAUGCUACAAACUUUUGCCAAUGAUCCAUCCUCUCUACAACUCGCAAAACAGCUGAAUUUCCCCAAAGAAACCGGAAUUUAUUUCACCUCUCUACUGACCUCAAGUCCAUCCUUCAACCUGAGCAGCCUGCCGGACACAUUCCUCUGUUACCUGACGCCAUCAGCUCUGACCAGUCUGAAUGCACAGACUGUCCUGGACGUAACCAAAAGAAUAAAUAGGCAAUGUUAUAAUACUUCUGCGGGACAAUCUGCCCCCGCUCUGACCGCUGACGAUGUGCAGGUGGCCAUCUCCCUGGUCAGCAAACUGGACAAUUUUACUUCUGAUACUCUUGUAAAUCUGGGACAAUCGGCUGUGGGUCUGUCCCCAGGACAAAUCAACAAGAUCAAUGGCAGUGACCUAAUAACCAGCGUGACCACUCUGGCCUCUGUCACUGGCUGGAGCGUCGGGCAGACCAAGUUCAUAAUGAAGAAGCUCCUGGACUCCAAUUUUGAGGUCAAGAACCUCACCAAUUUAGGAAGCUUAGUAACAGGACUACCAAGUAAAAAAAUGUCAGAAUUGCCCCCAGCAGACGUAGUAAACGCUGUGAAGGAUCCACAAUUUGCCAGCAAGCUCUCCGAAGCCCCUCAAACUUUGCAAUUUGCGGUUGUCUCACAGAUUGUAGCUGCCAACUCGACUGCAUCCAAUGUUGUUAAAAACGUCCCUGCCAGCCUGGCAGCCUUUAUUCCCAAGUCCCUCCUGCUCUUCAAAUCAGAGAAGGCAUCUCUGCAAGAUGUUAAUGGCAAAUCAUGGAGCCCUGACCAGGCUGCCAUGUUUUUUGAUGAUAUUGUGACCACCAACGAUAACUACACACAGAUUUCUUCUUCAGUCCUGCAAGGCUUUACGUGCGCUACCACAAAUAAAAUUUCUAAUGACAAAGUCAAGAUGCUGGGGAAGUCUAUGAAGACCCAAAAAGUGUCAUUGACUCAAGAUCAGCUGACAUGUCUGAGCAGAGAAAUAACCAAGAGCGGCUAUCCAACAGAUCUGACCUCCUACUCCCCGGAAGUCUUCCUAUUCCUAAACUCCACAACUUAUUCCUCGAUUGGAAACUGCACCGAUUUUUUCACCAAUGUCGGCCAAGCGAACAUCAAUGUCCUGCCUCAAGGCUCCAGUCUGCGCAGUAAUUUACUGGCAAAUGCCUUAUCCUGUAUGAGCAUAUCAGGAUCGAAACUGACAGACAGCAAUAUCCAGGUGUUGGGUCAGCUCUGCUGUGAUCUCAGCCCGUCCUACAUUGCAAAUUCCUCCGCCAGUAUUUUGACUCUUCUCUCUCAGUGUCAAUCUUUCACUACUGAACAGCAAACUUCCAUCUUGACUCUUCUUGGCAAAUCACUUGCGGCCUCCUCCACAUGGACUACAGACACAUUAUACUCACUUGGAGGAAUCAGUGGAUUUUUAACCUCAGACAUUGUGACCAGUAUCCCCACAGUAUCAUUUAACUCCUGGUUGAAAUCAGCCAUACAAGCCUCUGCCUUGACCCGAGAGCAGUUGGUCACCAUUGUGUUGAAUCGUAUUUCUACUAGAUCUCGGCGAGCUACAGGUUGUACUACUGGUAACAUCACAGCUGACAAUGUGAAUGACAACCUGCUCCCAGUGACUUAUACUGCACAACAAUUAGAUGCCUGCCUGAACAACGAUAUACUGGUGAAUUACCUGUCAGUACUGAGCAGUAAGAUCUUCACCAAUGACCAACUCCUCGUCCUGAAGAAUAAGCUCGAUGCGCUCUAUCCUUCAGGUUACCCAGAUACCAUCCUAUCCAGCCUCGGUGCUAUCACUAAAGUAUGUGGAGACGCUGACGUGAACAAGUGGAGCAUAGGUUCUGUGGACACCUUCAGCAGUUUGCUUGCUGCUGGGCCUUCUGCUAGUCUGGCCAGUAGUAUAAUUACAAAAUAUAUUCGUUUGGGGAAUCCGAUAAAUGCAGCUGCUCUAAAUGUGAUCGGGAGUCAAUACAUCUGCCUCCUGAGCAGCGCUCAACUGAGCCUCAUCACCACCACUGCUAUAAGUGAUGCCAAAGCCCUGGACGUUUCCGCAUGUAACCAAUCUGUAAAAGAUGCCCUGUACACUACGGCAAAGGCGGCCUACCAGGCACAGAAUAGCCAGGUGUCUAUCUACUACAACCUCAUAAAGCCAUAUCUGGGUGGAGCACCGGCCGCAGACCUCAAGUCCCUGGCUGCAAUGAGUCCCAGCAUGGACGUAGGAACCUUUGUGAAGUUGAAUCCAUCUGCUGUAUUGGGUCUGACAGUCAGCGAUGUGAAGGGUUUACUUGGCAACAACACGGUAGAUCUGAAGACUCAACUAAGCAACAGCGUCGUGAGCAACUGGAUCGCCAUACAGAAACAGUCUGAUCUGGACACCCUGGGCCUGGGCAUCCAGGGGGGAAUACGGGACGUCGCAACAACAACACCUACGACAACUAAGACUACGAGCUCUUCGGCUUCUGUUCUUGCUCACGGGCUCUUAGUCCUGUUGGCCGUUUUUGGAACAUUCCUUCUUACCGAAGACCUGAUGCAGAAGACAAUAUCAUGAGGACUCAACAGCAAGAUUCCACAAAUUAUCCAAGAUUAGAAAAACAUGGUUACAAGAAAUCAAUGGAGACAAGUCUUAUUGUCACCGCUGGAUUACUGUACACUUUGAAUAUAUCUAAUCAAUAUUAUCUGAUGUAAAAAAAAGGAAUUGUUUUCAGAAGAGAGCAGGCAUGUUUUUUUUUUGUUUUGUAUUUUUUGGAUAACCCUGUUAACACACCUACCUCUUCACGUUAAAGUGUAAUUCCACUUUCAGAAAUGCUUAACGGAGUACUCCACCCCAAGACAUCUUAUCACCUAUCCAAAGUAUAAUGCAUAAAUGUCUGAUUGUGGGCGGUCUGGCCGCUGGGAAAUUAAACAAAUUAAACAA